ACUUUACUCCACCUCCAGUCCACAUUGUUUUGAGGAUUAACAAGGUAGUAAAUAAUGAGUUUCUGUGGGUAUUUCUGUGUACUUGUGUGACAACAGCUGCUGGAUUAUGCAGUAGACUGUGAUGGACUAUGUGAUGAUGAAACCGGAGAGACUUGAUUUAUUAGUACACAAGCAUCUGCACAGAAGUCACAGGAAGUAUUUCCCAUGUAGACUAUCUGGGGACCUGUCAUGGGUGGCACAGAGACCUCCCUCUCUAAAAAAAAACAACCCAAGCCCCGUCUUUUGCUUGGGGGCGGGGGGUCUAAAAUAAAAUCAGCUGUCACUGUCUGCUCUUUGGACAGAAAUGAACGUGUAGUUCUGGAGCUGGUCUCCGACACUCACUGGGAUUUGCUUUUGGAUCGGGAAAGACCCUGCGGGCUGGGGUGCAUUGGCCUUCGUGUGGAAUUGUACCUGCUGAGAAUAUUUUUUAUAAGACUAUAUCCUGCUGCUGGCAGCGCAGGUUUUGACCAGGGCAGGACUUCCUGAAAGCUUUUCAACCAGAGGAACCGGAUUCACUCUGUGGGCUCAGAGGUCAUCCCACUGCUCAACCGUGAGGCCAUGUACCAGGCAGCUGUCUCCAAGCGAGCUGACAGCACCAUCCACAGCGGGGUCAUGGAGGAGUCGGAGGUCUGUUCCCUGCCCGUGGGACUUAUGAGAAAACAAUUUGAGAGCAGAGAAACGGCAUCAUCUCAAAGUGUAACACAGUUCCAUGUCCAACACAGAACUGUGCAGGAAACGUCAAACUCAUCAGUGACAGUGUCGAGCAGCAGCAGGGAGGUCGUCCCAGGCAGUCAGCAUCUAGACUUCAACCAAGAAAAGACGGUAUCAUACAUGGACAGUAACCUGGGAUCAAGUUAUGAAAACAACCAAAAUGAAAUAGAGGAGUUUCCCAGGUACACCACAAAAGAACUCAGGGAUCGCUUUGAAAGAACAAUAGAAGAGGCUGCGCCUCAGAAACCAGUGAAGAUUGGACGUGACAUCAAUCGAGCUAAGUGGUCCUCAAAUGUCACGCAAAACACUGCAGUGACUAGUGAGGUUUAUGAGGCAUCUGGUACUGAAUCAAAACAAGACAUCACAGCUGCGCUAAUGGAUUAUGAGGAUUUCCCACCCCCUCCAGCUGAGGAUUCUGACUAUCUACCCCCUCCACCCCCUGAUUUACUCCAAAUGCCAUUAGACAAUCACAGUAUUGCAGCUGGCUAUUACUCACCUGAGCCUCCAGAGCCUCCAGAGCCUGUAAACACCAAGUACCCUCUGAGCAGAGAGGCUUACUUUAAACAGAGAGGCAUGUUAGAGCUGAAACGCCUGUACAAGCACAUUCAUCCUGAGGUACGUAAGAACAUUGAGAAAGACUUCCACAGUAACAACAACCAAAUUGAGAACAACGGGUUAGAAAGCGAGGAGUACUCGUAUGAGGAAGUUGGUGACAUUGCUGAAGAAAUGAAUGAUGACGAAUACGGAGAAUGGGAGGAGAUUUUGCCAGGGGAGGUGCAAGCGUUGCGUUGGAAGUUUGAAAAUAAGCCGCUGGAUGAUAUAAAAGAUGAAACACCUGUUGAGGACGACGACGACAAGAAAAUAACUCAGCAAGAAAUCAUUCUUGGCAAAGAUGUGAGACGAACCGCUUGGAUGUUUGAGACAAAGCAGAUCGAUGAGCUGGGCUCACAAAACACCAACUCUACAGAGUAUAAAAAUAAAUUCAAUAAAUUUGACAAAGGAGGUGUCCGCGCUGCCACAUGGUUGUUUGAAACCCAAACUAUGGACUGUCUUAACAAAAUGCAUAAAGGAGAGGAUUUGACAAAAGAGGUUGUGUUUACAGAGGAGGAUGAAAAUGCUACUAUUUACAUGAUUGACAACAAGCACAUGGAAAGCCUUGGGCACACAGAGACUAUUGAUGAGAGCCGUCUGCUGAUACUAAGGGCUGUAUUGGAAGAAAUUAAUGGAGAUGUAAAAACUGUAACAAGUACUUUUGACACGCAGUUCAAAUGCAUAAUUAUGGGACAGUCAAGCCAAAUGCUGGAGAUCAAGUCAGUGCGUAAAAUAGAAAGUGAGUUAGGAAAUUCCAUUGCCUCACGUUGGCUUUUCGAUACCCAACCCCUAGACAUGGCAAACAUAGACACUACAAAUCUAAAACUUGUAUGUAGUCUGUCCAUGGAGGACAGCAGUAAGGGAGACUGGGGCAGGUGGCUGUUUGAGAUAAAGACACUGAAGUCUCUCACUGAGUGGGAAAGCUCCCAGAUAGAGAAAAGGGAUGUUGUUGGAGCAGAUGUACACAAACAUCGCCUCACAUUCGAAACUCAGUCAGUUGAUACUCUGAAAGAUGAUUCCGAUGCCAGAGCUCAAGGCCUUGAAGAAAUUAUUGGUGGCAACGUAAGAUCAGCUCGGAACUUUUUUGAAAGCAGCCCACAAAUAGCUAGAAAGAAUUGUACGGAGGUGGGAAAACUUAAAAAGACAACAUUUAAUGAAGAAAUAAAGGGGGACGUGAGACAUCAAAAGUGGCGCUUUGAGAGUCAACCUCUGGAGCACAUAAGAGAUGAAAAGAAAGAGGUCACACGAACUGUGAACGUUGAAGAGGAUUUCACACAGGAGGAUGGCACGAUUUGCAAAGCUGAUGUUCGCAAGAAUUGUUGGGUGUUUGAGACACAGCCAAUGGACACUCUCAAAGAUGAUGCCAAUUCCCGCUCUUUGACAAAAGAGGAAAUUAUUUCAGGGAAUGUGAAGUCGGCGAGAAAUUAUUUUGAAACAAUACCAGCCGAGGAACUGAAAGAACUCGCAGAGGUCGGAAAGCUGAAGAAAAGAGUUUCACAGGAAGAGGAAAAAGGUGACGUACGACAUCAGAAAUGGCGUUUUGAAUGUCAGCCUCUGGAAGAAAUUAGAGAAGAAAAGAAAGAAAUUGUUCGAACAAUCGACUUGGAAGAAAUUGAUAAAGUGGAUGUCUCAAACUACAAACAGAUCUUUGAGACUACAGAUUUAAACAAAUGGGAUGAAUCUCAAAAGAUUGUUAUUGAGGGUGCAAAAUCUGGCUGUGUGAAAUCAAAUAAGGACUUAUUUGAGUCUACUCAACUUUAUGCUAUGCAAGACAGUUCAGGGCAUUUCCACGAGGUGAGAACUGUGCGACGUGAGGAGGUUGUUAAAGGAGAUGUCACAACCUGCAAGUGGAUGUUUGAAACACGGCCUAUUGACCAGUUUGAUGAAAGUAUAAACAAAUACCAAAUUAUUAAGGGUAUCUCUAAACAGGAAGUAGAAUCUGGUGAUGUGAAAACUGCAAAGUGGUUGUUUGAAACCCAACCUCUCGAUGCCAUUAAGUACUUCAGCAAUAUUGAAGAUGAAGAAACAGUGGUGACAAGUAUAAAUCAGGACAUUGUGAGGGGAGAUGUGAAAACGUGUAAGUGGCUGUUUGAGACUAAACCAAUGGAUGUUUUGUAUGAAAAAGUGGAGUUGAAGGGUGAAUCUGAAGAAAUGCACAAGGGAGACGUCAAAACCUGCACAUGGCUCUUUGAGACACAAGCCCUCGAUACAAUCCAUGAUGAAACAGAGACAGUACUGAAAACGUGCACAGUGAAUCAAGAGGACAUUAGAGGGAAAGAUGUAAGAACGGCCUGUUUUCUCUUUGAGACUGAGAAGCUAGAGAACCUCACUGGGGAGGAAGAGAGUGGCUCUUUUAAGCGAGUAACACAGAUUGACAUUGCAUCAGGAGAUGUUUCAAAAAUGAAGUAUGUUUUUGAAAAUCAAAUAUCUGAUAUCAUGACUUCAACAUCCGAAGAAGAGAUGCAAAAGCUCAGGAGGGUUCAGAGUGAGGAUAUACAGAAAGGAAAUGUUGACACCUGCAAAUGGCUCUUUGAAAACCAAUCCAUCGACACAAUCCAUGACAGCCAAGAGGAGUCUAUAAGAGGACGCACAGUUAUUGAUGUACAAGGAGGAGAUGUGGACAAGGGCCGCUUCAUUUUUGAGAGGUACUCACUAGAUGAAAUCCAUGAGGAGACAGACAGUGACAUGAUGAAAAUUAAAAGAAUUGUAUGUGACACAGAAGAAAAGGGUGAUGUGAGAAACUAUACCAUGAUGUUUGAAACUCAGCCACUUUAUGCUAUUCAGGACAAAGAGGGACAUUACCAUGAGGUUACUACUGUCACAAGUGAGGAGGUAACGAGGGGAGACGUUGUAGGAACCCGGUGGUUGUUUGAAACCAAACCUCUAGAUGCUAUCAAGGACACAAAUGAAGUUUACAUCAUCAAAUCUGUCACACAGCAAGAUGUGCAAAAGGGAGAUGUCACUUCGGCCAAGUGGAAAUUUGAGACACAACCUCUUGAUAGAAUUGCAGCGGAAAAGAAGACGCUGAUAAAGACUGUGGAUGACAUUCAAGGAGGAAACGUCAGGAUUAAUACGCAACGCUUUGAGUCUGAUGAUUUGUCGCAGGAUUCAGUGAGAACAGUUAAUGUAAGCGAAAUUCAGAAAGGUGAUGUAAGCACUGCGAAAUGGAGAUUUGAAACCCAGUCCAUUGAUAAAAUACAAAGCAUGAGUGCUGAAAAUUUGAUUGAAACUGUUAAAAAGGAGGAAGUUGCGAAAGGAGACGUCAAACAUUCAGUCUGGAUGUUUGAGAAAAAUCCUCUGGACCAUAUCAAAGAGGUAGAUGAGAGUCAGGAAACAGUUGUCACUCAAGAAGAAAUUCCAAAAGCUGAUGUAAAAACAACAACAUGGCUUUUUGAAACCACACCAUUUGAUGAUUUUAAUGAAACAAAAAUUGAAAAGACUGAAAUCUUGGGCAAGAGUGUCAAGGGAACACUUGAGGAGCUAUAUAGUCAGAAAAUGGUAAAGUCAAAGGGAAUACUCAUUGAAGCUGAUGAAAUUGGCGAUGUAAGGAUGGCAAAAUACCAGUUAAUGAAUCAGCAGGAGCCAGAGAUUCAAAGAGAGGAAGUCAUCAGAGGAGAUCUACAGACUAUCAUGAUGAAUUUACUAAAGAGACAGGAUAGAAAUGAGCGACAGAUAAUCAUUGAUUCAGAGGAGAAGGGUAAUAUUAACUCAACAGUGCAGCAGCUAUUCAAUCAAGAGAGAGACAGCACAUGUAAACAGGAGGAAAUAUUACGAGGUGAUAUUCAGGAAGCCAUAAACAACCUCUUCAACACAGAUAGCUCAGCAAAGCAUGGAAUACUUAUCCAGGAGGAUGAAAAAGGAGACGUACAAAUGACAAUAUAUUCCCUUCUCAAUCAACAGGAGAAUGUUAAUGUUGAAAAGGAAGAUGUUGUGAGAGCUGAUAUAAGAAGUGUUUUAAAGAAACUGUCAAGUUCAGACAAGAUGGAUGAGUCUCUGAAGAUAAAGGUAGGGGAGACUGAAAAAGGACACGUUAAUUUUUUUUCCACAUGCAUUGAAUCUGGGUCGCUUGACUUUUUGAGACAAGUUCAUUUAGGACCUGAGGAGAGCUCGUCUGAGAAAGUGCAAAAAGAAGAGAUCAUUGGAGGCAACAUUAAGGAUACAAAAUUCAUCCUGAGCCAUAACCAAAUGCAAAUUGAGCGCACUGUUGAGGACGUGAUACCUGGGGAUGUUCACAACACAGUCAAAGUUUUCAUGACAGAGCCUAGUGUCUCAUUAAACAAUCUCCAAAAAGAGGAGAUAGUCAAGGGAGAUUUAAGAGCUGCUUUACAUUCACUGUCUGAAUCUGCAAAUCAGACAGUUGUUGUAGAGAAAGAGGAGGUGGUGAAGGGCAACAUACCAAAAGCUCUGCGGUAUCUGGAGAAGGCCCAGAAUCGCACCAAGGAAGUGGAGAAGCCUGAUAUCAUACCAGGAAACAUCAGGGGGGCUCUGCGAUCUCUUGAGAAAUCGGCUACAUCCAAGUCUAAAAUUGAUGCUGAGGAAUUGGUUGCUGGAGAUGUGAGGGCCACAAUGAAAUCUCUGGAGCUUGCACAACAAACUGUGAGGGAAGUUGAAAGGGAGGAUAUAGUAAAAGGAGAUAUUUACACAGCAAUGCAAAACUUACAAGAUGCCUCAAGUGAAAGGAAAACAUAUCACCAGGAAAUUGAUGUGCAGGGAGAUGUCAGGGGAACAAUUCAGAUUUUCAUGGAGCCUCCAUCUUCACCAAUAAUGCAAAGGAGUCCAAGCCUUGAGCGUGAAGCAAAGGGUGACGUUAAGAUGUCCAUUAAGUCACUGUAUGAGACACAGGAACAAAGCCAGGUGGAGAAAGAAGAGGUGAUCAAGGGUGAUGUUAAAGGCACCAUCAAAUCACUGAUGGAGACAGCGGAGCGCCAAACACCCAAAGUCCGGGUUGGAGCAUACAGGAGAGUUAAAGUCAAACAAGCUCCUCCUGUUAAAAAUCUGAAUGUUGAUGCACAGAGAAACAUACAAAAGAUAAAAACUGCUAAUGUGGUUGAGACAUCACAAGAAAAUCAGUCUAUUAAUGAAACACAAACUGCAAAGAGUACUGUGACGCAAUCUUCUCAACAAUCAACAACUUUGGUUGAACAUAAAACCAUUACCCAAAAACAUGGAAUCAAAACUGUGAAAACAGAGUUUCGUAAUCUGAAAUCUAGCACAAGAGGAGGAAAAAAGUUAGACAGAACUAAAGUGAAAACAGAUGUUUACAUCAUAAAACCACAGUCAGCAGAGCCUGAUUUGCCUCUUCCACCUCCACCAGUAGUGGAGGUUGAGCUUCCUCCCCCACCACCAACACCCCCUCCUCCUCCCGCUACAGUUGAUUCUGAUGCUGAUCACCUCCCUCCUCCCCCACCACCCCUCACCAGUGAGCAAGACUUUCUCCCACCUCCUCCGUCUCAACAAGAACUGGAAAGAAUCCCAGUACAGGUGCUUAAUCAAACAAAAGCAAAGAAGAUGACAGUUAAAAAAGUAAAAGCUCCAGCUUUGCACCAAGUCCCCAAACUGGAGUCUAAAGUGGAUUUAAGUGGAACACAACAGGUUAAAGUAACAUCAGAGAAAGUAGAAAUUGGGCAAAAAACACAACAUGUGAAAAAGACAACAGAAAAAGUGAUGGAAAUUAGCCAAACCCAAUCCAAGGUAACAACCACACAAUCAAAGACUGUUUCAAGUGCAAUUCUUCCACCACCUGAAUCACCCCAACCGUUGAAAAAAGUAAUCUCACCUAUGAAAUUCACUCCUCCACCAUCUCCCCCACCUGCGAUGAGAGGCAAAUCGAGCAAAUUCACCACCCCUCUAAUAAAAGCAGAGGAAAAGUUCAGAAAGAUGAGAGAAGAAGAACACACUACGCUAACAGCUCCCACUGAUAUACAUGACUCUGUUUCAGCGGCUCUUGAAAUGCUUUCCAUGGAGCACGCAAACAAUAAUCCAGCCGUUGUAACAAACCAGAAUGCUCAAAUAACAGCUUUCAAAGCUGAUUUUGCCCAAGGCCAUGCUAGUCAUGAAAAAAUGCUGACUGAUUCUUCAAUUAUGUCUACUACUGCACAGAAGGUCGUCUCUAAUGAGUCUUCUAAGAUUGUCUCCUUUCAGAAAACAUCAUCGACCACUGCUGUUAGGCAACAGAUGCAUACAACAGUUCAGAAAACUGUUUUGUCCACACAGUCUGGUGUGUCUGUCAAUUUAGAAAAGUUCCAAACCUCAAACACCGAUGUGGCAAAAGCAGACACAAAGGCUGUUGACAGAAAAAAGGAUUCAAAAACUCCAAAAGCCAAGAGCAUCAACAAAGCCGAAGAUAAAAAAGAAGACAAAACACCUGUACAAACAGCAAAACAUGAAAUCUCUGUCACUGCUGAGGAGAAUGUGAAAUCCAGCAAAUCACUGUCUGAAGCCAAGAAGACUGCUGAUAAAGAACCCAAAAUAACCAAUAACCUUCUGUCUUCCAAAAAAGAAACUGUCUCUUCAGAUAAAACUGCUAAGGAGUCCAAAUUACCACGGCAUGAAAACACAAAGAAAAAUGAUCAUUCUCCUACAAAGAGCCAAGAGAAAGUUCCUGAUCAGUCAAUGCAAAUAGCUGCUGCCAACGCAAAUGGAAAAACAAGCAAACAAAAUCACAAGGUAAAAAAGAGCAAUAAACAGGAAAAGCAAGAAGAGACAAGGUUCUCCAGCGAGAGGGAAGAAAAAAUUGUUUCACAAGAUCAGAAGAUGGAAGACAAAGGUGUGAAAGUGAUUAGUCAGUCUGGAAAUGUGAAGAAGGAGAUAAUACAGGAGAUCAAAGUCACUGCCUGUCCUGCAACUUCCUCAGCUCCUGUUGUUACUGAAAUGAUAACAGAGACCCAACAAGAAACUCCAACUACCACAAAGAAGAAAAAGAAGUCAAAAAAGUCGAAAGGGGUUUCACCACCAGGUCAAAGUAAAGAUGUUUCAACAGAAUCAAAGUUUGAGGCUACAGAGAUCAAGGCGGUAACAUCUGAGAAAUCCAUACAAUCUAAGAGCACAACUGUAGUUUCUAAAACUCACAAGAGUUUAAAAGAAGAGCACAUUAAAGUCACUACAGAAGGCGCUGCCUUAGAUAGCAAGGAUCAUCAGCAGCAGAAUGGAGUUCAAAAGCAAGUGACUGCACCAGAGAACAAGAGAGCAGUGCCAGAGGAACAAAGACAAGAAAGCAAAACUGCCCCAGAAAAACCCACGAGUCUAGAGAGAAAAGGACAAGAUAAAGGAUCUCUGGUAAGGAGUAAAGAAAAUGAGACAAGAGAGAAGCAGGGGAGUGAUUCAAAUUCUGAGAAGGACGUUUCUGGUGCGACAAGAAUAUCCAAGAUCAGUAUUGGUUCAGCCAAAGUCGAGAGCCAACAAAUUAAAAAGACCACUCAGGACUAUAGUAAGGAGGAUGUGAGUCAGUUCAAGCUUCUCGACAUCCGGGCACCCUCACCUUUACUCAGAAUGCGUUCUCCCUCACCAACAUUUAUCACCAUUGAGUCCACAAGGAGAACAGACUCGCCCCAGAGGGUAACUCCAUCACCCACUCUCCUGCAUCGGCCACCGACUCCUCCUACCCCUCCCCCACGUAGGUGUGAGACGCCAACAUCGCGCAUUACUAGAAUUACACCUUCUCCAACUUUUGACAGAGCAGAAAAUCUGGCUCGAUUGAAAGACACGACAGCCAAGCUGUCACGCGGCGUCACGCCACCUCCUCUUCUCUCCCAGCAACAGAUUUCAGAGAAGAAAUCAGAGAUUGUAGAAUCCCCAGCAUCAUUCCACCGGCAAAUCAAAGUUGAGUCCCAAGUUGUUGAUAUUCCACUGUCAUCAUUUGAAAAGUCCAUAAAGACUUUCUCUGAUGAGGCACACGUAGAUGAUGAGCUCACUAAAAUAUUACAGGACUUAAAUGCAAACGAAGUGCAGCAUCGGGCUGAGACAAAGCAAGACACAGACUUUGAUGCCAACUCAGAAUUACCAGAGCCUUCAGCUGCAUCUGUCAAAGAGAAAAGGGAGUUUUUUGAAGAAGCGCAAAAGGCUGAAGUAAAUAAGACCUAUGUGCGGAAGGAGCCAAUUUCUAUACCUGAACGAUUGGGCCCUGACUUGGAGGAAAUCAUGGUGGAAAAUGACAAAGAAAAGGAUGAGCUUAUCAGAGCUGAUCUAUCUUGUCUUGUAAACAAAUUCGAAUCACCAGAAGAGAAGAUACAUCUCAGAAAAGAGAUUAUCCCACUUGCAGAACAGCUCCAAGUUGACACUAAAAGCACAGAUUGUGACGAGAAGGAAGAGGAUCCCUUUAAAGAAAGAGUGCCAACAUUUGACUUCCAAGUUAUUAAAAAUAUUUUUGGACAGGGUGAGCAAAGCUUCUCGUUCAGAGAAGAGGGGGAGAAGGAUAAGGAGGAGCCCCAAUCAAGCCUGAGUGAAAAAACAGUCGACACUUCAAAGCUGGAAAAGACUCAAGGGACAAAAGAAAAGUCCCGGCAGAGCACUCCCCUCCCUGUAACAAAAUAUGAGGUAGAAGCUGCGCCAGCAGAUCCAUCAGGCUUCUCCGAAGCCAAGUCCAUCACAGAGCACUUCUCAAACCUGGAUGAGUUUGGUAACCAGGUUACUGGCACGAGGACAGCUGUCACUAUGCACUCAGAGAGUGUCACCACCAACCAGGCGCCGUUCUCCUACGCUGAUGUGGUAAAACGAAAAGCACUGCCGGUGAGGCAAACAGAAACAUGUGAUGAAGAUGCCACCGAGAGGCUGCUGAGGAACUUUCACGAAACGUGGACAGAGAGCGAGGCAGUUUUCAAAAGUCUUGGCUACACCAUUUCUGAAGAGUCAACAUCGCAAGUCACGUCCCAUCAGCUGUUCUCAUCUGGUUCGAGUUCCGAAGUCAGAGCUGUGCACGGUAUGUCGGAGGAGAGCUUAUCCCAUGGACGCUGUGAUAGUGGACAAAAAGAAGUACCAUAAGUCCUGCUUCUUCUGUGAGCACUGCAAAAAUAAAUUGAGUCUAGGAAAUUAUGUCUCUCUCAAUGGACACUUCUAUUGUCUGCACCAUUACAAACAGCUUCUUCAGUCCAAAGGGAUCUACGAUAAUGGAUCUGAGCAGAAAACUGCGGUAACUGGUGGACUUAUCCCCUCAAAUGAGAAACUUGAAUGGAGAUAUUCAAUGAGCAGCUUAAAUU